AUGGAUGAAGAUUUACAGAAAAAAUGGAAAAGACAGAAAGAAAUAAAGGGUAAUUAUUUACAACAUAUUAAUUUCACGUGUUCCUAUCAACACGAAUCCUCUAGUUUGGCUGCAUGGGGAAAUUCUUCCAAUCUCCCAGCGAAUUUGAGAAAGAUUGCCGACGUAGAUAUCGCUAAAUACACGCAAGACAACUGGGAGGAAUUGAGACACGAAUGGGAACCUUACGCCAAGAGAGACACUCUCUGUUUGGGAGCUUGUUUGAUAAAAUACAACCAAGUCACGAAAGAAGUUGUAAACCAGAAUAUGUCCAAUAAUCUAACGGCUCCAUCUUUAUCUUUAAAGGGUUGGUAUUAUUUAUAUCAUUACGAUAAAGAAAUGGUGGAAGAAGAAUGGUAUGAAACUACUAGAAUGGUUGCGAAACAUACCGAAAAAGAAAACGUAGAGAAAGUUUAUUCGCACACUAAUCCCUUUAUAAGAAAUUUUAUCAGACGAUCUAUUAAAGGAGGAAGAGUUUCGGCAAAUAGAAAAUCAUUUGAAACGAACAAAAUGGAUGAAAUUUGUAACGUAUUAAAGGAAUAUAUUUCACAAAGUGAAACACGAAGCGACACAGAAAGUAAUAACAUAAUUGAUUUAUUCAAAGAAUACAGUGCAAGCACAAAAGUCAAAACGGAGGUUCAUUCGAGACUUAAAAAAAUAGAAUGUACUAAACUAAUGGCAUUUGAUGCUAACGGUUUAUACGCUUCCGCCAUGUCGGAUUUAGACAGUGAAUAUCCGAGAGCAGAAAGUGGAAGACCGUUUCUACCAGAAGAAGAAAAAGAAUUUGUAAAACUCUUCAAUAAACAAAAAUUCAGACCUAGAACAGCUAUUUUAACAGUGUGGUUUGACUAUCCCAAAAACAUGUUCUUCCAACCGAUACCAGCUAAAGAUAAAAUCACUUUCACGAAUAAAGAAGGUAAAAAGGAAACUGGUAACAAAAUCAGGUUCAGAAAUGAUUUCUGUCACGACGUUUUAACAUCGGUCGAUAUUCAAGAAAUAGUGAAAGCCGGUGGACGAAUUAUUAGAAUAUUAGAUGGUAUAGUUUACGAAGAAAAUUUUAAAACUCCACCCUAUAGAGAUUAUAUUUUAAUUUUGAGAGAUUUAAGAAAUAAAUAUAAACGAGAAGGUAAUAUCGUGGGUAGUAACUGCAUGAAAUUAUUAGGUAAUUCCUUGUAUGGUAAAUCAAUUCAGAAAGAUAUAUUCACAACUAGACAUUUAUGGAAUGAAGCAACUUUACAGGCCAACUUUGAUUCACGCGUUAAAACCUAUGAGAAAAUUAAUGAUACUCAAUAUAUUGUUGAAACAGAAAUUGAGGAAAAAGAGAUUACUAUCGAAGAUAGUAAAUCUACACGACUAACACCUAGUCAUUUGGGAUCAUUCGUUUUAUCUCACAGUAAAAAAAUAAUGAACAAUUUCAUUCACGUCAUAAAUGGAUUUUAUAAACCCGAAAUAUACUAUACCGACACCGAUAGUUUGUACAUUUCAUCCAAAAAUUGGAAAAAACUAAACAGAGCUGGUUUGGUCUCCGAAAAAGACUAUUGCAAAGAAAAGAAAAGGUUUAAAGGUUAUUCUAAUGAUAAGAUAAGUGUAGAAGAUUACGUUCAGUUAGCAAGCGGACAUGAUGUGUCGAACGAAUUUAAUAAACCAUGGGAAAAAAGUUUCACCAAUGGAGUAGUUAUUCCAAAUGAUAAACAAACUAAAGUUUUUAGAAGUUAUUUGAAUAAUGUUAAAAGAAAACCACCAAACAGUGAAGGAAUUAUGUAUCCUUACAACGACAAAGAUGAGUAUAGUUUUGAUGAAAACUAUGAAUUUGAUGAUUUCGAUUAUUUUACUAUUCAAGAAGAGAAUGAAGAUUGUUUUAAAUGA